AUGACGGCAUUGUGGCUGCUGACGGGGACAAUGAAGAUGGCAUCUCUUUGGGGACCUCGAAAUAGUGACUUUGACAGAUUUGUGGAAUUGCUCUUCCAGUUGCUCUCCCUUCUUGUGUUUGUAACAGUGGGCAAACAGUUUGCCAAGGAGCUGCCACUCCCAGUGACAUUAAAGAUGUUAAGACAGAGCUUGGUUUUCCCAGCAACUGCUGGUUCAGGUCCUAUUUUCCGAGCUAUAAGAAAUGGACACUUAAAAGAUAGAUCAGCUCCUGGUGAGCCUAGAAUCAUGAGAAGUCUUAUGCAAGCCCCCUAG